UGCGUCGUGCGUGGGAACAAAUCCCUAAGCCAGAACACGGCAGUACUUGACCCAAGCAGACAGACUACAGGGAAAGGCAUGGCGCAUGCAACUGUGGAGAAUGAGUUGCAGUUAUGAAGCAUGAAAAAGUGAUCCAUCACUGUCCAGCCACAGGAAAACAUAUGAGCGCUCGCCAUUCAUGGAUGCGUAUCUCACAGUUCGCAUCCAGCACUGCAGCAGCACUGCCGUCGCGAUCCAUGCUUUAGCAGCGCACCGGAAAGGCGGCACCGCUAACGUCUUCAUACCUACCGGAAACCUGUAGAAAAGUUAUUGGCUACUGCUGUUUUACAUGUAUCCGAAUGGUCUACUGUAUGUGACUGAAAGGGCAUAAAUAAUUCCAUCGCGCGGGUCACCCACCAGGACCCUUUCCCGUCCGUACCACAUCCAGUCAUGCAAUUCGAUUUGUGCAUCUACACAGGCCAGGGAAAUGAAGCAGCCAAUAUUAAUCGUCCGGAUGUAAUCUGCUGGAUCAGUCAAAGUUUGGUCUAGCUAGGGAGCGGGGGGAAGAUCGGUUGCGGAUGAACAAGCCGGUAGUGACGUCCACUGCUUGCAUUGUACAUACGCAGUAGCGCACGUACGAGCCAUUUCCGGCGCACUUGCACUGCUGCACUGCGUCCCGGGGUCUAAUCGGCAUGUAAUCGCCUGUUGUACAUGCAUAUAUAAACAGCAACAGAAGUCCUAAUAGCCAUCACACUCUGUCAGGACUCUUGUCACAGUCAAGCGCCUUAUUCAGUUGAUGGAAGUUAACGCGCAGAACCAGUUGUUUGAUUAGUGCCCGCAACAACCACCCGCACUCCACAGCACCAGCACUCUGCCUUCUCCAACGUGACCUCGCAUUCAUUACGUGGCACUACUAAGAGACCAGGAAUAUUUCCUGUUUCCACUGCUUUUGUUAUGUUGCUGUGCGUGCUGUCCAGGUUCAAGUACUGAAUUUACUUGAAUCUACACAACGACAAUUGAACCAAGCAGCUAACUAAACGGAACGGGAGUUAAUUGAUUAAGUUGAGAGAGAAUUAUGGAAUCCCACCAGCGAGAGAACGUGGAUCCCAGCGGAAGCGACAUGGCAUCUGGAAGACACGUUAAGUCAGACUCGCGUCCGUCGCCUGCCACAGCUACCGUCAACAGCGACGCUAAUAGAACCAACGGAAGCACCCACGGACGUCCGUAUCUAGGUGCCAUGCGGCAGCGCGCUGCCAGCACACCCAAUGCCCACUUCAAUAAACUGGCCGCCCCUAAUGCGACCGGCUCUGUCCUGCAUGACCUUAUCGAAAAGGAUGAGAUGAACAAUUUCGCCGAAGAAUCGGAGCUGUUCAAAAAGGGAACGACGAAAAACACCAAAUCAGUGGUCUUCUCCUUGAAGAACGAACUAGGCAGCCUGGCUAACGCGCUGACCGUUUUCAAGGAGCACGACGUGAAUAUCUGCCGCAUCGAGUCGCGGCAGACGAAGCGCAGUCGCGGCCACGAGGAUGAGUGCGAAGUGUAUGUGGACGUGGAGUGCGACGAUCGACAGAUGGUGCAAGUGUGCAACCUGCUAAAACGCCGGCUGACGCUGGCCCACCAACAAUCGCUCAGCAACAUGAACGCCGGAGGGACUCUCCAGCGACAGGCGACCAUCAACGACUCCACCGACCUGUCCGACGGCGACAUGUGCCACCUGGACACACCCGAGGUCUACGGGAUGCCAUGGUUUCCACGCCGCAUUUCCGACCUGGACAAGAGCGCCCACAAAGUGCUCAUGUACGGCGUAGAACUGGACGCUGACCACCCGGGAUUCAAGGAUCCGGUCUACCGGAAGCGCCGACUGUAUUUCGCUGAACUGGCACUCAAAUACAAACAUGGUCGCCCGAUCCCACGCGUCAAGUAUACGGAAGAGGAAACGCGUACAUGGGGAGUGGUGUUCAGUGAGCUGAUGAAGCUGUACCCGACACAUGCGUGCCGGCAAGUGCUGGAGAACAUUCCCUUGCUGGUGCGGCACUGUGGAUACAGAGUGGACAAUCUGCCGCAGCUGCAGGACAUCAGCCGCUUCCUGAAGGAGCGCACCGGCUUCACGGUACGCCCAGUGGCCGGCUACCUCAGCUCGCGCGACUUUCUGGCCGGACUGGCCUUCCGUGUAUUUCACUGCACUCAGUACAUUCGUCACUCCUCCUGUCCGCUCUACACACCCGAACCGGAUUGCUGCCACGAAAUCAUGGGACACAUUCCGCUCUUGGCCGAUCCGUGUUUUGCCCAUUUCUCCCAAGAACUGGGUUUGGCAUCUUUAGGUGCCAGCGACGACGAAGUGGACAAAUUAGCAACGUGCUAUUUCUUCACCAUCGAAUUCGGCUUGUGUCACCAAGACGGCCAGCUGCGUGCCUAUGGAGCCGGACUGUUGUCGUCCAUCGGCGAGCUUCAGCACGUGUUGUCGCCGGCGGCCAAGAAACUGCCGUUCGACCCCGUGGUGACCUGCAGUCAGGAGUGCAUGAUCACCACAUACCAGAAUGUCUACUUUUACAGCAACAGCUUCGACGAGGCCAAAGAGCAGAUGCGGGAGUUUGCGCGCACCAUUCGACGACCUUUCAACGUUCGCUACAAUCCCUACACGCAAACGGUAGAGAUCCUGCACAGUCAGCAACAAAUCACGGCCAUGCUCAGCGAACUGCGCGGCGACCUGGCCGUGGCUAGCGAGGCUUUGCGCAAGAUCCGCCAGGAAGAGGGCCGCAAGGCCGCCGUCACCGUCACCAGUAUCGAUUUCCUGCGUGACUACCACGGCGACUGAACCGUUUGAAGGGCUUGAGUGAAUACUCGACAGGGCGUUGCAGUCAGCCGAUGCCUUCUGCUAUACCUGUAUGCUUACAUAACGUAUAUUCCCGUCGCCAACUGCAUAAUUAUCCACCAAAGUUCACUUCCUGUACCGCAUUCAGCUAAGUUUUACCGGCAUCAUUAUUAUCGUACGAGCACAUGGAUGGGAAUUACAACAAAGCAAAACGAUUCAUUCUGCUGCAUGCAGUUAGAGUACUUAUCCGUAACUCCGUAUUGCAAAUCCAUCCCAUCUGCAUUUAACCGUCAUCGACAUCACACUUUGCUUCCCAUGUCAAACCACCGGCAUCCAAUGCAAAUCCCACAAGCAAAUGUAGUCGUCACAUCGUAUCUUAUUCCAAUCAUUUCUGUCUUUAUUUUUACUGUCCAGUUAUACGACACGGGUGCACCACCAGCAAUUAUAUAUAAGCAGGAUCGUUCCUAUGGAUUUAUGCGCUACGUUUAAUACCUUACGUUUGCUGAUUUAAUAGUAUUGCUCUGUGCAAAUACUGACACUCGCUGUCCAUAUUCCCUUCGAGAUUCUUUAUUAGUUUUCUCAGCGAUUAUCCACAAAAAAAACUGCUGUUUAUCAAAUUUAAACUAAUUCCAAUGAAAUGUGCUCUCCUACGCAUGGGCAGAAUACUUGCUGACCUUUCUGUCCGCUGUCUAUCAAUAACUUUAAGUACAGAGUACUUGAUGUGAAACGUGCUUUCUUGGCGGCAGCAAAACACUUCACCUUUUUUCAGAAUAUU